AUGAAGAGGAACUACAUCCAGGAGCUCUCCACAAAGCACCUUGUCUGCGACUACGAAAGGAUUAAAAGAGAAUAUCUCAGGUACAAGGCCAAGAACAUCGACACCCUAGAGUAUGUUGAUGAUGCCAUGCUGGCAGUGUAUGAACAUGCAUUCUUCUUCAACUUCACAAAGACUAAGUUCUCGAAGAAGGACCUUCCCAAGGAGGUUAAGCCAAGGAUCCUUAAGGCAGCUCUUGAGGAGGUUAAGAAGAAGUAUGUUCCUAACAAAAGCACAGAAGAGAAAGGGCUUGUGUGCAACCUGUAUUCAAUUACAAAUACUCUGUCCUUCCAGUAA